AUGAAAAGAUUUUUAUUCAAGAAAUAGAGUAAUUUAUGGUAAGUGAAAUCAAAAUGUCUACCUGUGUUAUCUGUUUAUUAUUAAGUUUAAAAUAAACUAAUCAAAAAUAAUUUAUAAAAAGAUAGUAUGUUAUUUUUAGAUUGUUAUUAAAUUACAAAGAAAAUGAUUGAGGAUUUAAAAUUUAAUUAAACAACUAUUGAAAUAUAAUAAAUUAUGGGUCAUAUUCUAUUAACAAAGUAAUAGAUUUCAUUUUUAGUUAAAUUAGAUCAUUUAAAUAAAAGUAAUUUAUAUUUAGAAUAAUUAAUAACAAAUUAAGUUUAAAAAAUAUAUAAUAAAAAGAACUCUUCGAAGUAAUUGGAACUCCAUAUUUCAGUUAAUGUUUAAAAUAAUAUUUAUAAACCUUACUUAUUAUUACUAAAUUAACUAAAUUAAAUCAUAAUGAAAAUAUAUUAAGAUAAAAUUUAUGAAAAAUUUAUAAAUGAUUCAUGGAUGAUGAAAAAUAUUAUUAAACUUUCUGGUUAUGUUUUUAUAGAUCAUUGUACUCUUCUUAUAAAAGUGUAAUUAACCAAAGAUACAAGAAUGACUUUAAAAUAAACAGAUUGCACAUAAAAAUGUACUUUCAUAUAAAUUCCUUGA